AUACCUUUAGAAUCAUUCAAACAGAUACUUUGAACAUAUUAUUCUUGUGGCCCUACAAACAUUAAGUUAUGGAUUAAAUUAUGCGAAGUAUAUAAAAAUCUCAGUUGUUAUUAAGUUUGACCUCCUUUUUCUUAUGCAGACCAGAAUGGGACCUUUCCACCACUAAAAAUCAGAAAAGCUGGUAUGGUUGUCUUCUUUGAGUAAUGCUUCUGUCUGUGUCUCUGAAGAUGGAGCUAGUGCUUUAUUGAGCCCACUCUCUCAUGGCAUUUGAAACAGGAAUCCCAAGAGGAGUCAUUGCAGGCAUAUCUGUAGCUGUUGUUGUUGGGGCUUUGCUUUUUUCAGUUUGUGUGUAUGUCAGACUCUAUAAAAGGAAGAAAGCGAUGAGGGCAUCAUUUCUCGAAGAGGCAUCUCAUCAAGAACAUUACAUUCACAGUAAUUUUUCUUUCCAUGAGAACAUGUCUGCUGAUUUAUAUUACAAAGUGAAAUUUGUAUUGCAUCAUUAAUCUUCCCUGAGCUGCUAUGAAUUUAGGCUCUGAAAGUACCCAGAAAAAUUCAGAAAAAAGUGCUCUUGUUGCUUCUCCUGGGCCCCCUGGUAUCACAGUGGAAAAAUCUGUGGAGUUCUCAUAUGAUGAGCUUGCCAAUGCAACUGAUGAAUUUAGCAUGGCCAAUAAGAUUGGACAAGGUGGCUUUGGAUCUGUUUACUACGCAGAAAUAAGAGGCGAGAAAGCUGCAAUCAAGAAGAUGGAAAUGCAAGCAUCAAAAGAAUUUGUAGCUGAAUUGAAGGUUUUAACACAUGUUCAUCAUUUGAAUCUGGUAUUCUACUUUUCCUACCAUACCUUACUUCAUUUGUUAGAACCUAGUAAGGAAAAAUGUGAUCCGAGUUCAAUUAAUUUCAAUUACUGGCCAAGAAAUUUAUACAUUAGUGGGAGGGGCAGAACCAGGAUUGAAAUUAUGGAGGCUAUAGAGGUGCGCUUAAUUGGAUACUGUACGGAGGGUUCGUUAUUUGUGGUUUAUGAAUUCGUGGAGAAUGGUAAUUUAAGUCAUCAUUUGCGCAGUUCAGGAGGGGACCCAAUACCAUGGCCAACUAGAGUGCAAAUUGCCUUGGAUUCAGCUCGGGGACUUGAAUACAUUCACGAGCACACUGUCCCCGUCUAUAUUCACCGUGACAUCAAGUCAGCAAACAUAUUGUUAGACAAAAACUUCCGUGCCAAGGUCGCUGAUUUUGGGCUAACCAAACUAUCUGAAUAUGGAAAUUCCACAUUGCAGACGCGUCUUGUUGGUACUUUUGGUUACAUGCCUCCGGAGUAUGCUCAAUAUGGUGACGUUUCUUCUAAGGUGGAUGUCUAUGCCUUUGGAGUUGUCCUCUACGAACUCAUAUCUGCAAAAGAAGCUAUUGUCAAGAUCAGUGAAGAUACCACAGAAACAAUAGGACUUGUUGCUUUGGUUGUUAUCACUUGUUUUCCCUUUCUUAGCAUACUACCAUUCAAUUUAAAACUUCUCUGAUAAAUUAUUCACACCGUUUAUCUUGGUAUGUGCAGUUUGAGCAUGUUCUAAGUCAGCCUAAUCCGAAAGAAGAUCUUCGUAAACUUGUUGAUCCUAAGCUUGGUGAUAAUUACAUCAUGGAUGAAGUCUUCAAGAUUGCCAAUCUUGCCAGAGCUUGUACACAAGAAAAUCCCCAACUUAGACCAAGCAUGAGGUCAGUUGUUGUUGCUCUUGCAACACUAUCAUCUUCAACCGAGGAUUGGGAUAUCAGAUCUUUUUAUGGAAAUAAAGCCUUAGUUAAUCAAAUGUCCGGAAGGUAGCUAGCUUCUGCUCAGACCAUUUUUUGUAAUUUCUAGAGAAAUUAAGAUUUCUUUUGUAACGGGUUAGAAUACUUUUGGAUCCCAUCAACUCUAUUGAUGAAUAAUAUAUUAAUAUACUUUUA